UUAAAAUGGCAAGAUCUAGGAAAGGAAAAGAAAAAGUUGCAAUAGAGUCAAAGAAGAAUAAGACAGAUGGGAACAAGGAUGUGGAUCCUCAGCUAUGGCAUGCUCUUGCUGGAAGAAUAGUGCAAAUUCCACAAGUUAACUCUAACAUCUUCUACUUCCCUCAAGGUCAUGCCGAGCAUGCAUAUCAACCCGUCAAUUUUCCUGCUGACAUCAAAAUUCCAUCCCAAAUUCCAUGUAGAGUUGCAGCUAUCCAUUAUAGGGCUGAUCCUGACACAGAUGAAGUGUAUGCAAAACUCAGGCUUGUUCCUCUGAAUAAUAGCGAGGUUAGUUUUGAUGAUGAUGCUGUUGCUGGCAUCAAUGAUAUGUCUGUAACUAGGAAUAAAUAUCAAUCUUAUACAAAAACCUUGACACAAUCUGAAGUAAGCCAUGCUUCUUUUGGAUUAUCUUGUCCUAAGAAUUGUGCAGAAACAAUUUUUCCUCCAUUAGAUUAUUCAGGUAACCCUACUUCCCAGGACAUUUCUCCCACGGAUGUUCAUGGUGAAACAUGGGAAUUCAAACAUGUUUAUAAGGAUGCGCGAAAGCGGCAUCUGUUAACAACUGGGUGGAGUGAGUUUGUAACCGAAAAGCUACUUGUUUCGGGGGAUUCACUUGUGUUUCUGAGAGCGGAAAACGGUGAUCUUCAUAUUGGAAUUCGAAGGUCUAAAAGAGGAAACAAAUUUGGAUCUAACCCUUCAUCAAAGAGCAAACCUGUUAAUGAAAUUGGAAUUCAUCUUGUACCAUCCCACGGAGAACUUACCUCGUCUUCAAGAGAGAAAGACGAUAAACCUCAAAAACAUGAUAUAGGAAAUGAAUUGAGAAGUGAUAAGGUGAUGGGAAUUGGGAAAGUGAAGGCUGAAGAUGUUAUUGAAGCAGUAAGACUUGGUGUCAAUAAGCAACCAUUUGAUGUGGUUUACUAUCCUUGGGUUGGUACUCCCGAGUUUUUUGUGAAAACCUCAUUAAUUAGAACAGCAAUUCAGAAUAAGUGGCGUUGUGGAAUGAGGUUCAUGAUGGCCAUUGAAACUGAAGACCCGUCAAUGAAAGCGCUCUGGUAG